UAGUGGUAUCACCUGUCAACUGUCACUUUCCUUUACAUGGUUGAUCACCGAAAGCACCACGUGCGUGUUCGACUAAAAUCAACCUUUUAGAGUGUUAGAAGCUGUUAAAAAAAUGCCUUUGGCGGUCGACUUAUUGCACCCUUCUGCUGAAAAGCAGAAGAGGUCCCACAAACUCAAAAGAUUGGUCCAACACCCGAACAGUUACUUUAUGGAUGUGAAGUGCCCCGGUUGUUACGCUAUAUCGACAAUUUUCUCCCAUGCCCAGUCAGCUGUACCCUGCAAAGGAUGCUCGACCAUACUGUGCACAUCAACCGGAGGGAAAGCUCGGUUGACCGAAGGGUGCAGCUUCAGAAGGAAGCAACAUUAAAUAAUAUAGUGUAAUCAUCUUUUCUAAUAAAUUUUAUUGGGGA